AUGGACAAAAUAAGUCGUACCGAUCCAAGUUAUUUUUUUCUGGUGUUACAUUCAGAAGAGAAAGAUAUGUCGGGAAAUUUUGACGGAAGUAUUAAUGAUCCAAAUGCGACCGAUAACGCAGGUUCAAUUCGAGAAGCAGGUGGUGCAUUUGGCCGAAUGGGAAUUGCUCGAGAAGAGCAAUAUUUCUAUGAUCAGCAAAAAGAAGCGAUGAAAAAUUUGAACAGUACUUUAAAGAAUGUAAAAGAAGUCAUUCAUUCGAAGGACACUGAUAACGAACACUCGGAUCAAUCCAAUCAAGCAAUCAGAUCAUAAAUAAGGUCAAAGAUUCAUUUUUCUUUUUUUAAGAUUUCGUUAUGAUUUUUUCUACUUCGCCACUUUGAUUCAUAUAAUUUUU